AAUGGAACAAAAAAACUUAAUCAGGAGAAAAGAAAGCUGUCAAAUGGCGUGCCAUGUAAAUGGGGUGAUUCGCGUUCGUAAUUAUCUUACAUUUUUGAAUCAUUGUGAAUGUACCCAAGAGAAAGAAGGCGAGCAUAUUUUUUGCAUUGUUGAUUGGUUUGCUUAUCUCAGGCCUUAAGUGUGAAUUCGUUUGAUGAAUUAAUUUAAAACAGUUUAUUAAAAAAGCAUUUUACAAGGUAUACAAAUAUGCGGGAAUCAUUACACAUUUGUGGGAAAAUUUUAACCACAGAGGAUUAUCAUUUUUUCGCACUUUGUUGUGAAAAGUGUGAUGCGUCCUUCGGUCAGUGGUCGGGAUUUCUGAAACAUUUGAGCAGUAAACAUGAUUUUCAAUUACCCGUAAAGAACCAAUUUGUAAACGAUCUAAACCAAAUUGAGGAUUAUGAUGAACUCACGAUUAAAGCGGCACUUAAGCAAGAAAUGGAAGCUGAACUAAAUAAGCAAAUUAAAGUUGAUGCAGCGGAGUAUGAAAGUGAUGGGGGAGCUAUAAGCGAUGGUAAUGACAAUGAUAUUGCAAAGGAAUUCGAAUCAAAUGAUGAGGAAGCUGACAAUGAUUUUGCUAGCUCCAAAUCCGAGGAAUCGGCAGUUGCAGGUUGGGAUAUGGGUGAAGAUAACAACGAUUCAGAGAGUUCAUUAAGUGAUGCUGCACCUCUUCAGGAUAAAAAGAAAAAACGAACGUUCACUUUCAACCUCCAGGAAGCAUAUACUCGGAAUAUAUCCCUUAAGUUUCUUAAAAUACUCGAAAAAUAUCCAAUUUUGUGGGAUCAACAACAUCCAAAUUACUGGGCCCCAGAAAAACGCACACGUGUACUCUUUGGAAUUAAGGAAUACAUGUCAAAAAUGGGUUACACAAUUAGUGAUUACGGAGUCCGUAGUGUAAUUCAACGCAUCGUUCGUGAUUAUAAAGCUUACAAGCAAGAAUUAGCUGUUGUUGGACGUUUGGAUGAACGAAAGUCAAUGGUGUUAAAAAAGUGUAAAUUUUUGGAUGGACCACAAAAUAGCACAGAUAAUACUAUUGAAGUUAAAAAUGAUUCUGAUGCGGAUGACAUACCCGAUGACUUAGAUGAAGAAGAUUUUUCAUUGAGUUCAGACGCUGAAUCAAACGCCGAGAGCAAUACACCUGGAAUAAAUGAGUUUAUAAGAGAUUCGCGUGAUGGGAAACGCAUAUGCUUCAAUGUGGCCGGGAAUCCACUCGUUGACGAAUUCGUUAGUUUGGUACGCGAUAAUCCAAUGUUAUGGGAAGUUGGCCAAUUUCAAAAUCUCACUGAACGAAAACGCAUUGUGGAAUCUUGGAUACCAAUUUUUGAAGAACGACACAAUGUUACAUUUGCCUAUAGAGAUCUUGCCUUGAAUUUGAAAUUAAUUCGUAGAACACUUGCUAGUAUCGAAGAACGCAAGGUGUUGAAUAAAGCAGCGAAACAUCUUAAGGAUAUAUGUAGUUUCUUACCAAAGGCCAAACCAAUUGUACGUCUUAAGUGCGAAGAAUGCAAUAAAAAUUUCUUAACGGAAUACACACUACAAGCCCAUAAAUAUGCUGCACACAAGAUUGGUACAAAUCCUUUCCGGUGUGAAGUCUGUGGGCACGAUUUUACAGCACACAAUCAGCUGGAUACACACCUGCGUAGAGUGCAUCUAAAACAAUUCUCAGUUCACUGCGAUGUUUGCAAUCGUGGCUUUUUGCAACGCAGUGUAAUGCUUUUGCAUCGUCAAACACACACUGGUGAAAAAACAUUUGUAUGCGAGACGUGCGGCAAAACAUUCAGACGUAAGAUAAACAUGCAACAACAUCACCAGCGUAUACACUUGCGCCAACGCGAUUUCAACUGUGAAUUGUGCCCCAAAACAUUCUAUUUGAAAUGUCAUCUACGCGAUCAUAUGAAUGCCCACUUAAAUAUACGCAAUCACAUAUGCCCCACUUGUGGUAAGGCUUUCCACAGUAGCCAUGCCUUGAUGCGGCAUAAGCAAAUACACUCUGAAGUAAAGAGGUAUGCAUGCAAGCUUUGUGAAGCGCGUUUCCAUCAAUUUGUGGGCUUGAAUUCUCAUAUGAAAAAUAAACACAAGUUUGUAAAUGAUAAGGAUGAGGAGGUGGCACAGCAGCCUGUUGUGCAUAUGACAACGCUACCCGCAACAACAACACCCGAUACUUCUAUGCAAAUAAAAGGGGAACUGGUGCAGUCUAUGGAUAGCUGGAAUAUGUAAAGCUAUAAACAGUUAUUUUAGAGUAUUUUUAUGUUUACUGAGUUGAUGUAAUAAUUUGCAUUUGUAACUGUAUGUUACAGUUAUAUUAUGAAUUAUGAUUUUUUUAUUUAGGAAUUAAUUAUUUUAUAUAAGCUGGUAAAAUAUUCAUUUAAUGUGCAAAGAUUAUGACGUAAACUUCGCAGUCUUAUAAAAUAAAAAUUAUAGUUUUUAAUUAUUAA